GACCUGAUAAGGGACAGUGGUCAGCUUGGGCCUCCCAUCGUCCCAGGCUCCUGGGUGCAGCUCUGCUUCUCCUGGAUACUGUAACUUAGAUUUGGAGGUUUUAUUCCAGAGGGUGGGUUGUCGUGGGGCGCCCCGAUUUGGUUCUGCGAGCUCCUUUCUUCCCUGUGACGCACUGACUGUUAGUGUAGGCGAAGCUGGCUUCCCUGGGGCCUCUGGACCACGACCCCACUGAAGACUACUCGCCCUACACAGCCUGACAGCCCCGCCCUUCUCAGACCUCUUUCCUCCACCUAGCUGUGAGGCCCAGAGUGGCGAGGAGGCCCCGCCCCCGCCCCAAGUCCGGCGCCCACCGCCUGAACGCAAGGCUGUCUCCAGCGACUGCGGCUGCGAACGGUCUCAGGGUCCAGCAGUUCCCAGCACGAGCGACAGUGGCGUCUGCAGGAGCCCCCUUCCCCUGCGCCUCCGGUCACCACCAUGUCCACUUUGCUGGAAAUCAAGAGCAGCGUGCUGAGGCAGGUACAAGUGUGCCCAUCCUUCCGCCGCAAGACAGAGCCGGAGCCUGGGAGCACCAGUGCUGACUCACAAGAGCCUACAACAGGGAUCUGGAAACCCGAGGAUGGCAUGGAGUUCUUUGCGCACAUGCGCCUCAUCCUGAAGAAAGAGGAAGGCAGACAAGGCCUGCCUUGUCCAGAGGUCCUCUUACGGAGUGGCUCACCAGCCCCUGCUGAACCUGUGGACCCCAAUCGUGGCCUGAGAGCCUUGACCCAGGAGGAAGUAGAGAUGCUCUAUGAGGAAGCCUUGUAUACAGUCCUGCACCGGGCUGGCACCAUGGGCCCUGACCAGGUGGAGGAUGAGGAGAUCCUUCUUGGCUACCUGCAGCAGGUGUUUGGUACCAGCCCUGAGGAACACACUGAGGCCAUUGAGCGUGUGAAGAAAGCCAAGGCCCCCACAUACACCCUGAAAGUCUCCGUCAUGCGUGCCAAGAACCUUCUGGCUAAAGACCCAAAUGGCUUCAGUGACCCGUACUGCAUGCUGAGCAUCCUGCCAGCCUCGGCCACCCCUCAGGAGCAGAGUGGGCAGAAGGAACAACGCUUCAGUUUCCGCAAGAGCAGCAAGCACAGCAGUCCACUGCCAGCCAAGUGCAUUCGGGUCACAGAGGUCAAGAGCAGCACCCUGAACCCUGUUUGGAAGGAGCACUUUCUGUUUGAGAUCGAAGAUGUUAACACGGACCAGCUGCAUCUGGACAUCUGGGAUCAUGACGAUGAUGUGUCCCUGGCAGAAGCAUGCAGGAAGCUGAAUGAAGUCAUCGGCUUCAAGGGCAUGAGCAGGUACUUCAAACAGAUUGUCAAGUCAGCUCGGGCAAAUGGGACAGCAGGACCCACAGAGGACCACACUGAUGACUUCCUGGGUUGCCUCAACAUCCCUGUCCGGGAGGUGCCAGUGGCUGGUGCUGACCGUUGGUUCAAGCUGGAACCACGCUCUAGUGCCUCUCGUGUGCAAGGAGACUGUCACCUAGUCCUCAAGCUCAUCACCACCCAGAGGGACACAGUCAUGAGCCACCGUGGCCGCUCUGGCUUCCAGUCCUACCUGCUGCUCUUGAGCCGCAUACUGCAGUUUGAGCACCAUGCACAAGAGUCCAGUUCAAGAAGCUGGCAUGGUGAGUUCAGCAGGCCUGGGUCCACAAUCCUCUGCCUGCAUGGAGCCCAGAGUAACCUGUCACCCUUGCAGCUGGCCAUCCUGCACUGGCAAGUCAGCAGCCACCACCAUCAGACCUGCACGCUGGACUAUAGCUACUUGCUGGGGCUGCUGGAAGAUAUGCAGGCACAUUGGGAAGAAGCAGCCUCACUGCCCCAGGAUCAGGAGGAGAGUCUGGCUGACAGCUUCUCUGCCUUCUCUGAGUAUGGGCUGCAACUACUGCACCAGCUCCGAGACUACUUCCCUGCCACCAACAGCACGGCUAUCUACCGUCUGGAGCUGCUACUAAAGUGCCUGGACAAGCUGCAGCUCUUCCAGCCCUCCUUUGAGAUUUGCCCCUUUGAAACAGAGCUGAACGUGGACGUCACUGCUGCCCUGAAGAGAGGCAACCGUGAGUGGUACAACAGGCUCCUGAACUCCAAGAGUCCCCGAGAACAGUCAGGGCCGCAACGCCUCCCAGGGCUUGUGGAACUAGCAGACAUCAUCUAUGAGGACCUGCAAGCCUGCUAUGGCAUCUAUGCCAGCCUCUUCCAUGGCAUCCUCAAGGUGGACUUCUUCACCCUUACCUUCCGGCAGUUAGAGCGUCUGUUGGCUGAGGAGGCAUGGGUGCUGACUGAGGAACUGAGCCCCAAGAUGACUGUCCAGGUGGCCUCAGGGCUCUUGGAACUGUACCUGACCCUGGCUGACACCCAGCGCUUUUGGAGUUGUAUCCCUGGCCGGGAUGGCCGUUCCCUGGCUCUGGCUGGCAUCCAUACCCCAUUCUUGCCUGCUGUGAAGAUAUGGCUACAGAUGCUUCGAGACCAAGUCAAGUGGCGCCUCCAAGGAGCAGUAGAUGUGGACACGCUGGAACCUGUGGAUGCCUCCUCCAAGCACAGCAGCUCCGCAGCCACUGCCAGCCUCUGCUUCAGCCACAUCCAGGAGCUCUGGGUCCACCUUGCAUGGCCUGACCCUGCUCAGGCUCAGGGGUUGGGGACUCAGCUCAGCCAGGACAUGUGUGGGGCAGCCCUCUUCUACACAGAGCUGCUGAGGAAGAAAGUGGAUACACAGCCCAGGGCUGUUGACGAGGCAGUGAGCGAGCCGCUUUGUGUGGUGCUCAACAAUGUAGAGCUGGUGCGCAGGGCUUCAGGGCAGGCACUGCGGGGCCUGGCUUGGCCUGAGGGUAUUGGGGGAGUAGAGACCACGCUUCCCCGAGCCCUCCUCAGCUGCACACAGGCUUUGGAGGAGGACCUGGAGCAUGAGGCCCACACAGUGACUGCACACCUGACUUCCAAGAUGGUGGCUGACAUCAGGAAGUACAUGCAGCACAUCAGCCUCUCCCCAGACUCCAUUCAGAAUGAUGAGGCAAUAGCUCCACUCAUGAAAUACCUGGAUGAGAAACUGGCCCUGCUGAAUGCCUCCUUGGUAAAGGAGAACCUAAGCAGGGUGUUGGAGGCCCUCUGGGAGCUGCUCCUCCAGGCUAUUUUGCAGGCACUGGGUGGCAACAGUGACGUCUCUGCAGACUUCUAUGGACGCUUCCACUUCACAUUGGAGGCUCUGGUUAGUUUUUUCCAUGCUGAGGGCCAGGGACUGCCCCUGGAGAGCCUCAAGGAUGGAAGCUACAAGAGGCUGGAGGAGGAGCUGCGGCUGCAUAAAUGCUCUACACGUGAGUGCAUCGAGCAGUUUUAUCUGGAUAAGCUCAAGCAGAGGUCCCUCGAGCAGAAUCGCUUUGGGCGCCUGAGUGUCCGCUGCUAUUAUGAGGCAGCAGAGCAGCGGCUGGCAGUGGAGGUCCUACAUGCUGCAGAUCUGCUCCCCCUGGAUACCAAUGGCUUGAGUGACCCUUUUGUGAUCGUGGAACUUGGACCUCCACAUCUCUUCCCACUGGUCCGCAGCCAGAGGACCCAGGUCAAGGCCCGGACAUUGCACCCCGUGUAUGAUGAGCUCUUCCAUUUUUCUGUGUCUGCAGAAGCAUGUCGCCGCCGUGGGGCCUGUGUGUUAUUCACUGUUAUGGACCAUGACUGGCUAUCUACCAAUGACUUUGCUGGGGAGGCAGCCCUUGGCUUGAGUGGGGUCAGCGGCAUCUUGAGGCCCCAAGUAGGUGGGGGAAUGAGAGCAGGGCAGCCCAUCAUCCUGCAUCUGCGCCGGCCAAGAGCCCAGGUGAGGUCAGCACUGAGGAUGCUCGAGGGCCGCACCAACAAGGAGGCACAGGAAUUUGUCAAGAAGCUCAAGGAGCUGGAGAAAUACAUGGAGGCAGACCCCUGAGCAACCUCAUCCAUCAAGCUGUCCAGCUUUGUGCUCCCUUUAUCUGCUGCUCAAUCUGAACCCUGUGGCACCAUUACCCUUGCUGUGUUCCUUUGGUGUAUUCUAUGAACUCCUUGCACUGCAGUAUGGCCCACCCCACAAAUGGAGGCCAGCUAGGAAGAAGCUGCCCAGCAGUGCCCUGGACUCACAGCAGAACAGAAUAGACCUAGUCAGGUGACACUCCUCCUUUGGGCCCACAGGCAGUGGAACAGUGAGCAGCUGGUUUCAGUGGUCUCCUCUUCCCUAAGAGUCAUGAAGCAAUGUCUGAAGACUGUGAUAUGAAGGUGUACUAGUUCCAGAGGGUGGUGACAAGGGAUAUGCCUCAGGAUCCUGCAAUGCAUCAGUCAGCCCCCUAAAAAUGGUCCAUCAUCAGUAUGAGCAGUGCCUCCACGGAAAAGCCAUUCUUGGAAGAAAGUACCCAGUCUCCUUGGUUAGGGCAAGGCCCCAGUAGUCAGGAGGUAGAGAGGCUGGGGGUCAGAUUUAGAGGACUCAAGAAUUAGAGGGAAGCAAUGACCAGGGCCCCAGGUGGAGGUCAAGAGCAAGAAAGUUUGACAUGCUCAGUUUGCCUCUCCUGGCUCUGGACCCCUCCACAGCGGGAUGAACAGGAGAGACUUGCUAAGAAUCACAGCUCACAACUAGGUUACUAAGCCUGGGAGAGGUUCCCCCAUGGUUACUGUGAGGUGAGGGAUGUCCACCCACAGCUCUGUCAACCAGUCUUCCUUUCAUGCAAAUGUGUGACCUCAUAGCCCAAACCCACCCAAGUAGGAAACCAAAGUCCAAGCCAAGUGCACACAGACACUGGAGGCUCCUUCUCAAUCCACAGCUUCAUUGAGAUCUCCAAAGUAACUCCAACCCACAAGCCCCACCCUGUCCACAACUACAGAGGCUACCACUGCCAGGCCUGUCCACCUGUGUUUUAUGCUAUCUCUGGAGUCCUUAUUACCCUGCUUCAACAAUGUAUCUGCAACCUUCA